UUUGGGCUCAUUGCCCCUCAACCCAGAUACCACCCUGGAGAUCUUAAAGACUCUCGAGAAAAGCCAUGUGGGGGGCUGGUUCCCUUGGGGCUUCCUCCCGUCCCCCGACUGCCUUAUCCUUUGGAGCGUUCCCGAUGUCUGCAAAGAUGUGGAUCUGGACGUCCUUGUGGAAGCCUUAAAGCCCGUGGGGACCUUUAAGAAGAUUGGCAAGGUGUUCCGGAAGGAGGAAGACUCCACGGUGGGGAUGCUGCAGAUCGGGGACGAUGUGGAUUAUUUGCUCAUCCCCCGCGAGGUCAGGCUGGCCGGUGGAGUCUGGAGGGUCAUCUCCAAGCCUGCCACCAAAGAAGCAGAAUUUCGGGAGCGGCUGAUCCAGUUUCUAGAAGAAGAGGGCCGAACUCUCGAGGACGUGGCCCGCAUCAUCGAGAAGAGCACUCCGCACCCGCCCCAGCCCCCCAAAAAGCCCAAGGAGCCCCAAGUGAGAAGGAGAGUCCAGCAAAUGGUAACUCCUCCGCCGCGCCUGGUCGUGGGCACGUAUGACAGCAGCAAUGCUAGCGAUAGUGAGUUCAGUGACUUUGAGACCUCCAGAGACAAGGGCAACAAAAGCUCGAGGCAGACCAAAAAGGUGCGCAAAAUGCCUGUCAGUUACUUGGGCAGCAAAUUCCUUGGAAGCGACCUGGAGAGCGAGGAUGAUGAGGAACUGGUCGAGGCCUUCCUCCGGAGAGGGGAGAAAAAGCCCAGCGCACCUCCUGCACGCCCCCGCCUCAAACUGCCAGUGCCGAUGUUUGAGGACAACCUGGGGCCCCAGAUGUCCAAGGCUGACAGGUGGCGAGAGUAUGUCAGCCAGGUGUCCUGGGGGAAGUUGAAGCGCAGGGUGAAGGGUUGGGCUCCAAGGUCCGGCCCCGGGAUGGGCGAGGCCCCACCGGCCCCAACCCCAGUGGAGAGAAAUGGGGCAUCAUUGCCCAGCAGCACCAGCCGCGGGGAUAAUGUGGGAAAUGCUGCAGAUGGUCGCAUGCCUGAGACCUCCCCCAGACGAUGGAGGCCCAAGGUCAACUGGGCCUCUUUCAGGCUCCGCAGGAAGGAGAAGGCAGCAUCCAUGCAGCAAGGGGCAGAAGUGCAGGCUGACCAGGGGGCAGAGGCUGCAGAUAAUCAGAGGGCUGAGGAUAUAGAUGACCAGAGGGAAGGGGCCCCAGCUGUCCAGGGAGAAGAGGCUGCCCCUGACCAGGAGGAAGAGGCUGCAGCUGACCAGGGGGAAGGGGCUGUAGCUGACCAAGGAGCAGAGGCCCUGGUUGAUCAAAGGGCAGAGUCUGCGCAUAAUCAGAGGGCAGGGUCCCUGGGUACCCAGGAAGCUGAAGCUUCAGCUGCUCAGGGGCCCACAGGAGCUAGGGCCCGGAAACAGGUCAAGACAGUGAGGUUCCAGACCCCUGGACGCUUUUCAUGGUUUCGAAAGCGCCGAAGAGCCUUCUGGCACACUCCCCGGUUGCCAACCCUGCCCAAGAGAGUCCCCAGGGCAGGUGAGGCCAGGAGCCUCAGGGUGCUGAGGGCUGAGGCCAGAGCAGAAGCAGAGCAGGGAGAGCUAGAAGACCAGCUGUGAGGUGAGGGCCUGGGUCUUAGAGCACCCCCUGCCCUCCUGCUUGAAAAUGGAGGUGGAGAAAGGGGCAGAGAGUGCCUGCCAC